UCCCUACAGUAGCGGUGCAGGAGUGGCCAAAGCCAAAAGCAGCGAUUCAGAUCAGAUUUCACCUAAACCAGCUGGGAGAGACACCGAGAGAGAGAGAGGGAGAGAGAGAAGGGGGGAGAGGGAGGGAGGGAGAGAGAGAGAGAGAGAGGGUUUGUCAGUCUCCCUCCUCCCAAAUCCAGAAAAUCUUACCAAGGAAAAAGGAGGAGUGUCGGGGGUGAGAGAGACGCAGAGGAAUCCAGAGGAAUUUCCGAGGAUAUUUUCCCCUUCUUCACCCCCCCUCCAGCCCCUCUCGUGGUAUUGAAUUUUAAAAGUUGGAGGCGAGGCAGCGGGGACCGCGGUCGAGGAUGGACGAGCAGCCUCGGUUGAUGCACUCCCACGGGGUAGGCAUGGCCGGACACCCCGGCCUGGCGCAGCAUAUGCAGGAUGGCACGGCGGGGACGGACGGAGAGGGAAGGAAGCAGGACAUCGGAGACAUAUUACAGCAAAUCAUGACCAUCACAGACCAAAGCUUAGACGAAGCACAGGCGAGGAAGCAUGCACUGAACUGCCACAGAAUGAAACCUGCUCUCUUCAACGUCUUGUGUGAAAUAAAGGAGAAAACAGUGCUCAGUAUCCGUGGCGCCCAGGAGGAGGAGCCUCCAGAUCCCCAGCUGAUGCGACUGGACAACAUGCUGCUGGCGGAGGGCGUGGCCGGGCCGGAGAAAGGCGGCGGGUCGGCGGCCGCGGCGGCAGCAGCAGCAGCCACCGGCGGCGUCGGUGCUGACAACUCAGCGGAACACUCCGACUACCGGGCCAAGCUGACUCAGAUCCGGCAAAUUUACCACACGGAGCUGGAGAAGUAUGAGCAGGCGUGCAAUGAGUUCACCACCCAUGUGAUGAACCUGCUGAGGGAGCAGUCUCGAACACGACCCAUCUCGCCCAAAGAGAUCGAGCGCAUGGUCGGCAUCAUCCACCGCAAGUUCAGCUCCAUCCAGAUGCAGCUGAAGCAGAGCACCUGCGAGGCCGUCAUGAUCCUGCGCUCGCGCUUUCUCGACGCCAGACGAAAGAGGAGGAACUUCAACAAACAGGCGACAGAGAUCCUAAACGAGUACUUCUACUCCCACCUCAGUAACCCCUAUCCCAGUGAGGAGGCCAAAGAAGAGCUGGCCAAGAAAUGCAGCAUCACAGUGUCGCAGGUAUCAAACUGGUUUGGGAACAAGAGAAUCCGAUACAAGAAAAACAUCGGCAAGUUCCAAGAAGAGGCCAACAUGUAUGCAGCGAGGACCGCGGUCAACGCAACCAGCGUGUCUGCUCACGGCAGCCAGGCGAACUCCCCAUCAACUCCCAACUCAGCAGGUUCUGCUGGCUCUUUUAACAUGUCAAACUCCGGAGACUUGUUCAUGAGUGUGCAGUCCCUCAAUGGGGACUCGUACCAAGGGGGGCAGGUUGGGGCCAACAUACAAUCCCAGGUGGAUACCCUUCGCCAUGUUAUCAGCCAGACCGGAGGAUACAGUGACAGCCUCGCGGCCAGCCAGAUGUACAGUCCACAGGGCAUCAACACAAAUGGUGGCUGGCAAGAUGCUCCGACUCCUUCGUCAGUGACAUCGCCCACAGAAGGACCCGGGAGCGUUCAUUCGGAUACUUCCAACUGAAUAUAUCCAUCUCUACGCCUCAUCUACAAAAAACAUGGACUGACCUUGCUAUUCACAGUAUUAAACAAAGGAAUUCUCUGUCCCACAGUUUGGAGAGGUACUGUGAAAUCCUAACCAGAAAAUAGAAAUUAUAUUUCCUCUGCUUAUAACGUUGGACAUUUGGGAUACAAACAAAAAGUUUCACACUAAAAAUCCAAACAAUACCGCAGUCAGUGGAGACUGGGGCUUUGUACAGAUUUCACAUUAUAUUCAGAGGGCUGGGGUUACUUAUUCACUCAUAAUGUUUUCACUCAUAAUGAUGAAAUGAUAUGAUAAAGUAAAUAAAUCAAAUCAUUGGUUUUAACUGAAAAUACUUCAUUCUACCUCUCAGCCACUAAAAAAAGUAGAAAAAAUAUGUCAGUGACCAUUAUUUGUUUUGUAAAAAUGAAACUUUUGUCUUUGCAAGCAAGAGGCACAUCUUCUUACUUACAUUUUGUUGUCUCUCACCUAUUCUAUGGUACGCCAUUUAGACUUAAAUAUUGCUCAGUUGUUUACAAUGUGUGCUUGAUAAAAGUAUGUUCAUCUUCCCCUCUGUCUCCGACAAGUCAAAACAGAGUUCUGUCAGGAGAUUUUACCUCUAAGGUAACCCUGUGAAGUAUGUUAUCUGUAAAACAAUAAAUAAAUACUUGUCAUCAAAUCAGACAAGCUUGACAUCAUUCAUUAAGAUGGAGGACAUAUCGACUUAAAAACUAAUUAUUUUUCACUCUGUUGGUUUUGGUUCUGCAGCAUAUUGGUAGACAGUCACAGAAUCGCAGGAUUCGCAGACGCAAUGACAAAAACAGGAAUUUUGUCUUUUUCUUUUCAUCUGCUUCAGAAGCUCUAAGAGACAAAUGAGAGGGGAAAAAAUCUGGUUUCUGCUUGAUCUAAAGCCUGAUCUAAAUUAUUUCACUGAGGACAAAAAAUGUUUUGCAAGAACAAUCUUUCUAAGUUCAUUAUUUUUAUUUUUUUUCGUGUGUGAACACAGGUGAAAAAAAGUUUUGGCAGGUAAAAAAAAAAGUCUUUCUUCAGGAUUAUUUUUCUGUUUGUUGUUGUGAUUCUCAUUCCGGCCACAUGUUCUCAUAAGGAGUGUCCCUGUUACUAUGGCGAAUGUCAGUAUAGCUAAUGCUAACUGCAGAUUGCUAGCCCAAAGAAAGAAAUCACAGUAAUGCUACAUAGCUUGCUAACACACAAUUGUCAAUGGACAAAUUAUGACUCACCUGGAAAAAAAAAACUUUCAGUCCUGUUUAGAGCAUGCGUUAACAGUACACUUCAGCCUCCUGUGGCUGAAACGAG